AUGAAUGACAGCCUCUUUGUCAGUCUGGACAGACUUUUGUUAGAAUUUGUUUUCCAGUAUGAGCAAGAUAUAAGUACUAAAGAAGACAUGAUUCAAAGAAUUAAUAAAUGCUUUGAAGACAUAAAAGAAAACAAAUCAACUAUUUGUAAGAUACAUGAAACUAUAAAUACAACAGAUGAGGAAAUUGCUCAUUAUUGUAAACAUAGUAAUGAAAUCAAAGACAACUGUAGUAACUGGAAGCCAACAUGUGAUGUUUUUCAUAAACAUGAAGAUUAUAUGCAGGACCAAUUUACUAUUUAUCAAGAAACCAUUGAAAAAGACAAAAAAAUGUAUCAUGAUUAUGUAUGUCAGUAUAAAGAAGUUUUGAAGCAAUACCAACUAAAAUAUUCAGAAACACCCUUUUCACGUGAAUAUUAUGAGAAGAAAAGAGAACAUGAAGAAAUUCAAAAGAGAGUGUUGGCAUGUUCUGAACAACUAAAAAUGAAUGAAACUAUUCUUAUGGAAUUUCUAGUGCCUGCACCCUUUCCAUCACUUACCAAGUGGACAUUACACAUAGUUAAUCUGAGAUGUAAAACACAAGAUAUCCUCAAACAUGCCAACAGUUUUACCAAAAGUUCAUCUGAAUUGAAGAAAGAAGCAGAUGAAGCAGAAAUGGAAAUUAAUUCAUUAAACAAGCUGAUUGCAAGACUUUAUGAAACCAAGAAUCUUUCAGAAACUCUUGAAGAAAAGAAAAAAUGUACAGAAAAGAGAAAGGAAUUGAAAGAAAGAAUUUUUGAAAAAGAUGAGCAUAUGCUUGUAUUGAAUAAAAUACCUCAAAGCACUCAAUUAUUUCUUCCUUAUGAACCUCAUAAAUUAGUAAGACCAAAAAAGAUGCAUUCUUCAGAACCAAGAGUUACAGAUAACAAAGAAGAAAUUUCUGUGCAGCAGUCAAAGCUUGCCAAUAUUGACUUCAGACAAAAGGAAAAAGACCCACAUGUAUUUAAUGAUUCUGGUGCGAAUAACAAUUCAAAAUGUUCACAUGUUACUGCUAUUAAAAGUUCACAAAAUUUUAUGCAGUUCAGAUUGUUAACUCCUCAGAAACGAUCAAACAACAAUCAGUGGUUUGAGAAAAGACAAACAGAUGCUGAGUGUGGAGAAAAAGGGACAGUGAGACAAUUAAGAGAAUCAAAAUGCACUUCACAACCUAUACAUACAGAAAAUUUUGGAAAGUCAAUAGAAGAUAAUAGUGAUGAAGUAGAAGAAAGGCCUGAGAAUUUUCCACCAACUCCUGAAAUUCCUAUAUUUUUAAAAACUCCUGAAGCUAUGAAGUCACAUGAAUCUUUGGAAAAAAUACAGUUUCCUAAAGCUCCCUCAUUUGAAAUUAAUCGUAACAGAAAUGCAGUACCUGAAGGUCAAACACAAAAAGAGUCCUCUGGAUUUUCAUUUCUUACAAGUUAUACUUCUAGAUCACCUAGAUUGAAUUUAUUUGAUUCUUCUGUAUUUGAUUCAGAAAUUUCAUCAGAUCAGCUUAAUGAACAUUAUUCUGAAGCAAAUCUAAAUCCUCCCUCAUCACAACAAGGAAUUGGAAAUUUAUUUGGGAAACCAGAAGGAGAAGACACCUUUACAUUUUCUUUUUCAUCAGACACUUCAGCUCAUACAUUUGGUACUGGAAAAGAUGAUUUUAGUUUUCCCUUUUCUUUUGAACAGGAUCAAACAAUACCUUCUUCUUCAUUAAAAGGUUUUUCAUCUUCCUCACAAAAUACGGCACAAUUUACUUUUUUUUGA